UAAUUUUCUGCACGGCACUUGAAAGCAACAUAACGAACAAAGAUUCCAAUGAAACGGGUGUGGAUGAACUGCGCAUGUGCAUAAGAGAGCUUCUAGUCGGAAGCCAAGUCGGGUUAAACCAAAGGCUUGACAUCAAAAACCGAACAUAAAAAGAAUCAUGUCAGGAUUUCUGGACGGAAUCCGAUGCGGAGACUGUGAGUGCAACGUUGACUGGGGGGAAAGAAGAAAUACCAUUGCAUCCAUAGCUGCUGGAGUUCUGUUUUUCACAGGAUGGUGGAUCAUCAUUGAUGCUGCUGUGAAAUAUCCUGAUCAGGGACAGUUUCAUCAUGCCUAUCAUACCUGUGGAGUCAUAGCAACAGUGGCCUUUCUCAUGAUAAAUGCUGUUUCUAAUGGCCAAGUGAGGGGAGACAGCUACAGUGAAGGAUGCCUUGGACAGACUGGCGCUCGAGUUUGGCUCUUCAUUGGCUUCAUGCUGGCUUUCGGCUCCCUUAUUGCCUCCAUGUGGAUUCUCUUCGGAGGAUUCGUGGUGCCUCAGAAGCCUGCUGUGUAUCCUGGUAUUGCCAUUUUUUUCCAAAAUGCAUUCAUUUUCUUCGGAGGUUUGGUCUUCAAGUUUGGGCGCACAGAGGAUCUCUGGCAGUAAACGACUGCUUGUGGCGUUCUGUCUACGGUUAAACACUCUGCUUUCUAUAUUGUAUGAGACAAUAUUCUUCAGUCAUUCAUAUAAAUAUAGAGCUUUUUUUAGCUUUUACAUUUAAAUGUGUAAUUUAUGUUCUUUUGAUGUAUUGUAGCUAAAUCAUAACUAAGCACAAAUUGUCAUAGAUUUCCGUAAAAUUAAACACCUUUCAAACAUGGCACAUCAUUAAAUGCGUGCUUGCACUCAGACUGUAUCCAUGUUCUUAUUAUGGUUUACAAGUUGUGUAUACCAAAAUGUAUAUAGUGGAGCUUUGCUGCAACUUUCCCUGGGGUCGGCUCACUUCUUUAAUAGAACAUCCUUUGAUUUGUGUGAAAAUUUGAGUUUAUUAUGGGAAUUAUUACUGAAUCUAUGCAUAUGAUGUUGUUUUGAAUUUUUUUUUUGCAACUUUAAGAGUUCAUCUGCUCUGCAAUAAAUCAGAUUAAAUGUUGCAGACCUGAAAUCAGCAGAGGGUCAUAACGGUAAGGUGUUGUCUCCUUAACAGAGGUGUUGAUUUCAGUUUCAUUUCUCUAGUGUAAAGCAUUGAGUCAGUUUCCUACAACGUCAGCAUUAAACAUACUGCGCAGUAAA